AUGAGGAAUGAGCAGCUCUCGAUAAUUAUCCUUUCCUUUAUCUUCUUUUGCGCUGCGUCGUGCUCGAAUUCGGCACCUACGAGCGCCACGUCUCAAACGCAUCAGGAUGAAACUCGGGUCAAUGCCCCGGAAAAUACCACCGACGGGGCUUUUAUCUAUGAGAGCGAACAAGGACGACUUCUAUCUGAAAUUCAGAGCAAUUCUUCCAGUGCAGAUGGAAGCGUCACGACGGAGUUCCACCCAUGGUCAUAUGAACCGGUGUGCACGGAGUUCUUAGAAGGUCUCGACAACCAAUUAUGUGUAUAUACGAACGCAACGUUCAGCAACGGAAGAGGAGUCUCUAUUUUCACCACGCCCCAAAUAGCAGAGGAGUUUGCGGCACUUCUUCCAUUCCAAGACCCAUCAGUCCUCUCGGAUCAUGGAAUAAAUUCUCCCGAUCGCCCGUGGUACACAAGGGAGCUUCCAGGGAAAGGUCUCGGUGUCCUCGCAAAGCACCAGAUGAAGCGUGGAGAUCUCAUCGCAGCAUACACACCUUAUCUACUUGCGCAUAUGGAAAAUGUCCUUUCAACACCAGAGCGAGAAAAAUAUCUGCGGCUGGCCGUCGACCAACUCCCAGCCACAAGCCGAGAGCAAUAUUUCAGCCUUGCAACGAUUUAUGGCGAGCCGAGUGUGAUCGUGCAGGACGUGGUGAAAGCGAAUGCCUUUGAAAUGCAGGUUGGCGGUCAAAUGCAUCUGGCAGUCUUUCCUGAGACAUCACGAAUGAAUCAUGCCUGUGGACCAAAUGCACAGUAUUAUCUCGAGCCUAGCCUUUUGACUCAUUAUGUUCAUGCGGCGAGGGAUAUUUUCGAGGACGAGGAGAUUACCAUUUCUUACUCGCCACCGCUUCAAUUUCAUGCCGCUCGCCGGCAAUAUCUCAAAGACUCAUUCCAUUUCACUUGCACCUGCCCACGAUGUCAGAAUGGCGAACUGUCGGAUCGGGCGGUCAACGAUAUCCACGCGCUUCAAUGGAGCCUGGGGAACUGGGAGUCUAAUUCCACAGCUAGUGUUAAGAAAGCGGAGAUGCUGGUCCGGCUAUACAAAGAAGAAGGCUUGGACGCUUUUCUCGACGUCGCCUAUGGACAUGCGGCUUUGACGUACAAUGCAGUGGGAAGUGCCCGGGGAGCGAUGAAGUAUGCGAAACUGUCGGUGGAGGCUGCCCUGCUCAAAUAUGGCCCGUCGGCCCCCGAUCUGGAGAUUUGGAAUGAGUUGAUUCGGAAUCCCCGAGGUCAUUCGAGUUGGCGGCGGAGGAAGAAUAACUGA